AUGAAGUGUAAUAAGCGGUUAUUAGUAUGUUUGAUAUUUCAAACGUUACUAAUAAUUAGUGAAGCUGGAAGGAAUUCCAAACCAAAAAAUCCAAAGUCUCCAAUCCCGGGGUUAGGCCUUGGUUCUAGAGGAACUAGUCCAGGGCGAUCUAAUUCUGGAAGAAUAAGUCCUACUCAAACCAAUUUCGGAGGAUAUUCAGGUUGGGGUGCAUCGCACCCGAAUAGAGCUCCAGUCCAACCCGCACCAGUUAGAGUUCGACCCGGGGUCAACCCUCAUUUUCCUGCUACAUUACCUUCGAAUAGUCCUCCAGCUUCUAGUGCUACAGUUUGGUUCAAGUUUCGACCCCCAGGAACUUCCUCUAGACCUAAUACUCGACUCAGACCUGAAAAUCCUCUUAAUCCAGGUUCAUUCAGACCUCUAAAUCCUCUUAAUCCAGGUUCAUUCAACCCUCAAAGUCCUGUUAAUUCAGGUUCAUUCAGACCUCAAAGUCCUGUUCAUUCAGGUUCCUUCAGACCUCAAACUCCUGUUAUUCCAGGUUCAUUAAGACCUCAAUCUCCAGGAACUACAAUCCAAUCUUGGUCUAGUGUCCCUUCAAUUGAUCAUGCUCAAUCUUCUACGCACAAUCUUUUUCCUGCAUUAAGAGCACCAAAGCUUACUUAUGUAGAAGCUGAGAAACGAGGAUCAGAUAUUCUUAAAUCGUCAAGUUCUACCUCUUUAAGCAGCGGAAGUUCGGGAUUUAACUCGGGUAGUGGUAGAUCUUCAUUUUCUUCAGUGGGUAGUUUUUCUUCUGGAUCCAGCGGCAGUCUAUACCGACCCCAAACCAUUGGUCUGAAUGCUAUUAAAAGUACAGCAGUUAGGAGGUCAAGAGCGAGUCCAAAAUUGUGUGUGGACAACACAGCAACGAUGCAAAAGAUUAUUGCACCAGCCGAGCACUGCUUUGACUACUUCAAAUUAGCUGUAGCUUGGUCUCCAAGUUACGCUUACAAGGAACGGAAGAAGGGCCUAGAAGUUCGUGACAAAAUCCGUCCGGCAUGGUUCAUUCACGGUCUAUGGCCAGCGAUGUUUGAAAGAUUUCAGGACCCGAUGCCCGGAUGUCAGCGACAUGAUAUUUCUUUCAAUUAUAACCGAUUUGUUGAUCAUAAAAUAUUGGGUCCGUUAGAAAACACUUGGUACACGGUACUUGCUAAAGGAUGGAGUGACAAUAAGAAAUUUUGGGAACACGAGUUCAAGAAGCAUGGAAGCUGUGCCUCUCGUUCGAGUAUUAUUGGAGACGAUGUGAACUAUUUCAAAAGAACACUCGAACUAUUCAAUCAGCUAAACAUUGGCACGACGUUAUAUGAGAAUAGACUUCGUCAGGGAGACACCGUCAACUUGAAAAAUAUUAUCUAUAGUAUCGAAGACAGAAUUGGCGCAACAAUUCAAUAUGACCUUGUUAUGAAUGACAACACCCACGACCUCUACCUGACGGAACUGACUAUCUGCUAUGAUACAAAUCUCAGAGUGAUGGACUGUCCAAAUGUGUAUCGAAAUGAUGAUGAUUUGAAUUUAAAAAUCGAGUAUUUGGAUAGCUUGCCAAAAUUGUAA